GUCGUGAACCGGUUUAUAGAAGUAAUGUUUAGGCGACUGGUAACUGUAUAUAUCACUGAAAGUAAACAUCGGAACUACAGCGAAAUUAACAAAGUUGAGAAAGUUGCGUAUCUUUGGGUAGAGAAAAAUAAAGAGGAAUAAAGAAAUUAACGAGAAAGUUUGUAGGAAUUGAUUUCUGGACUACAUGUAUACAUUUCCGCCCGCGAUGUGUUUAGUUACGCGAAUCACUGGGUUUUUAGCUUGGUAGUUAAGCACAAUAAAAGUGACCAGCUAGCCCUGGCAUAUGGUGAACGUCCUGUGCCUUUAUGACUAUGCCGAUGUCCUCCAUUGAAAAAGACGAUUUCAGUAUCACGCCUCGUACAAUCGCCCGGCUUGUCCUGGAGGCCGAGCAGGAUCACCGCAAUGGGGGACAUUCGUCUAACGGGAGCACUGCCAGUAACUCUCCGCGCAGCACGCCAGGCAGCUCGCCUUCCAUGCGACGCAGAAUGCUGGUGGGUAGGGCUGCUGAGGGUGACUGGAGCCAGGAGCGCAGUGCUGGCAGUUCUGACAGCCCCUUGACCCCUACUCCUGCCUCAUCAUCAUCCUCAUCCUAUGCCCUUGCCCCUCGACACUUCACACGUAAUGCCAAGAAAAUACAGAGCUGGUAUAAUGUACUCAGUCCUACCUACAAACAACGUAAUGAAGACUUCCGUAAACUCUUCAAGAAGCUGCCUGACACUGAGAGACUCAUAGUGGAUUACUCCUGUGCUCUCCAGAAGGACAUCUUGCUGCAGGGACGUCUGUAUUUGUCAGAAAACUGGCUUUGCUUCUAUAGCAACAUCUUUCGCUGGGAGACCACUAUUACUAUCUUGCUGAAAGAUGUUGUGAACCUCACCAAGGAGAAGACGGCAAAGCUCAUCCCCAAUGCCAUCCAGAUCAGCACCGACCAUGACAAGCACUUCUUUACCUCAUUUGGAGCACGAGAUCGCAGCUACAUGAUGAUCUUCAGGCUCUGGCAGAAUGCCCUGUUGAGCAAGCCUCUCUCCCCAAAAGAGCUGUGGCACAUUGUGCACCAGUGCUACGGCACCGAGCUGGGCUUGACUAGUGAGGACGAUGACUAUGUCUCGCCCACCAAUGAUCACAUUAAUGGUCUGCUGCCAGGGGAUGAGCCAGUGUCAAUGUCAGAUGAUCUAGAUCUGGAUUCGGUGCCUGUGACUAUGAUGGGUUGCUCUCCCCCAUCUGUUGCUGUUCCUGUCUCCUCCCCUCCAUCUGGUCUACCCAUAGAGGUGCCCCCAUCCAAGUCUAGUAUGGAGCUCAGUCCUCCAAGUGACCAAAGCUCAGUCUCCUCUCCAGCCAAUCCUGUUCAGCCUGAACGGACAUCAGCAGGGGAAGCUGGUGAUCCUCCAUCUGAUUCCAUCAAUCACUUGCUGUCCCCUGCACCACCAAGCUUAGAAAACAUUUCCUCCCUGGACAUCACCAAUGAAGAGGAUCUCCCCACUGACCCCAGCAACUCUUCAGACACACAGGAAGAAAGUGAGGUCGAGUCCUUCUGCGCCGAUUUAAGUGGCCGGCUGCAUAUCAACACAGUAAUCCGCAUGGGCGUGGACAAGCUGCAUGACUUGCUCUUUUCUGCGGACACGCACUUCAUUCAGCACCUAUUCUCCCAGCGUCAGUUUACAGACCUCAGGGUGCAGCAAUGGCAGCAGGAUAGCAGCAGUGGGAAUGCAAGCCGUGUGCUGAAUUAUACUAUUGCCAUUAAUAACCCGCUUGGGCCAAAGACUGCCCGGGUUAUGGAGACGCAGACCCAGUACAAGAGCAGCAUCCAGGGAGAAUGCUAUGUGGUGGACUCAGAAGUUAUAACCUCAGGUAUCCCAUACCAGGACUAUUUCUUCACUGUACACAGAUACUGCCUAACUUCCAUCAACCGGCAAAAGAGUCGCCUCAGGGUGUCCUCAGAUAUCUGCUACAGGAAGCAGCCCUGGAGCCUGGUUAAAGCCCUGAUAGAGAAAAACACCUGGAGUGGCAUUGAAGAGUAUUACAGGCACAUGGAGAUGGAGGUAACCAAGCUAGAGACGCUGCUUCAAUCCAAAGUGUCUGUGAUAGCGUCGGGGGAGGCCAGUGUCAGCGAGACGGCCAAGGGCCCCCCAGGCCUGCGCAGACGCAAGCGCACCUGCUCCCGGCGGACAGGGGAGAGAGAAGCGGCAGACGGCGGUCUUGGGGAGCGGGGGGAGAGGGGCUCUGUGGAGGAGAAGGAUAAGAGGGAGAAAGGUGCACAUUAUUUGAAGCUGAGAGAACAUUUGAGAGGAGGCAGUGGCAAUACUAUCACACUGCUCAUCGUCAGCUUCAUUCUGCUGGUGCUCGUGGUUUUGAACAUGCUGCUCUUCUACAAGCUGUGGUCUCUGGAGCAUGCGGCGUACACUCUGGAAACCUGGCACUCCUAUUCCCACACAGACAGCCCCCUGCCCCAAACUGUAGAGGAGUGGACACAAGUUAUUCAGAUGCACAGGCAGUUUCACCAGGCCCAACUGAAUAAGUGGCAGCAAAUUCUGAAAUCGUCCGUCGCCAUGCUGGACCAGAUGAAACACUCUCUGGAGAAGCUACAGAGAGGAAUUGUCACUCCUGAAGUAGGACAGGCCUCCCCCUCAGAGCCACCCACAGACUAAUCCUCUCAGCAGUGAGCCUGUCUGCUGCAAACUGCACGUCGAGGACUCCCCCAUUUUGCUGCGUGUGAGUAGUGAUUCUCCAUGGGAAGAGUCCCGGGAAACCCAGACUUACAAAAAGGCAGUGCAAUAGUAACAGGAGUGCAGGAUGUUCAAGGAAGCCAACAAUGAGCCCCAUGUUUACCCACAGCACCUCUGGCCCAGGGCCUAAAUUCCUGGUUCAUUGUGCUCAAACAUAAAACAUGAUUUAGCACCAUCUGGUUGGCUAUGCUUAAAAGCGACAUGUGGUAGGUAUUCACACCAGUUUGUGAGCAUCUUAAAGAAGGUGCUGUUUCUCAAGCAAGGAAAUGAGAUGUGUAUAAGACACCAACACAACGUCUGCGCACCUGGCAGCCUGCACCUCUUGCCACUUUAUUGCAGCCAAACCUGUGUCUUGCUCUGCUAACAUUCAGUUGUCGUUCUCUGCCCAAGUGAACUUUUCUAUGUUAAAGAUGAAACCGCUCCUCGUUGUCUGUGCAUUCGAUCUUAAAUGAUCAUUUCAUGGGUUCUGAGAGGGGGAAUAUGGUGAACUGAUGCACGUUACAGUCACAAUAUUUAUUGAUUAAAAAGUCAUUUUGUCUCCUCUAAUCAUGGACCAAGAAAGGGUGAAAUAAUUUGAACUUGAUGUUUAUUGUAACAACAAUGAUAAUAGUCUGAAAUGAAAAAGAAAGUAGUUGUGCUGCAAGAGAGAAACAAGUGUAUUUGAACAACACUAGUUACUUUUAUUAUGGUUAUCUUAUUUUAAACCUUAUCUGUUAAUUUUCAUUGUCAUGUAUGUUUACUAUAUGUAUAAAUAUUUUGUUUAUAGGAUAUGUAAGAUCUUUGAUUUGCAUGCUUUUUUUCCCUACUAGACUAAGGGAUUUGUUUCCCAGAGCUAUCGAUGUGUUUAUGUAACUGGAUUAUGGAACUGAUUAGGAUUUUUUAGGGGUCUUGGCCCAAAGGAAGAACCAGAAAUUUUGCAGUAUUAUGUCCAUCUCCUGCCCCACCCUGGGUUGUGCCUGUAGCCUCUCGGAUAGGCUCCGGACUCUCUGUGACCCUUAAGAGGAUGAGCAGUUUCAGAAAAUGGACGGAUGGAUCUCUCUCCUAUCAGCUCUCUCUCCUCUUCCCUCCAUGGCACUCUCUCUUGCCUUCUUGUGCAUCUGUUGCAAAAGUGUCAGGGCCUUGCUGUGCAUGGCUCUCAGGAAGUCAUGAAAUGAUGUAUUGUGGACUUUGCUUGGAUGUAUUUACUGUAUGAUUGAAUUGCGUAUUUAAUUGUUUCAUAAGGAAUAAGUAUAAAUAACUUCUACUGUGCAA